GCGUUGAAGAUUCUUUUCGAGUUUCGUAAGUAGGAGCACUCUUGGGGACAGCAUGGGAUCCCCUGCGGUCCUUGGCAUAGAUCUGGGCACCUCGUUCUGCUGUGCGGCAAUCUACCGGGACAAACAAGUCGAUAUCGUUCCGAACGGGAUAGGCUCUCGUGUCACACCGUCGGUCGUCGCUUUCAACGGUGAAAAAUGGCUUGUUGGUGAGGCCGCAAGGAUGUUUGGUGAGCGGCAUCCUGAGCGAUGCAUAUUCGAGGUUAAGCGCCUGAUGGGGCGAUCUUUCCUCGAUCCCAAGCUCACCCAACUGAAGGAGGUGUGGCCUUUCGAGGUGCUGGCUGCGCCAGGUGGCGGUGUUCUCGUUCGAGUUCCCGGUGCAUCGGGUAAUACUAAGGAGUUGUUCGAGCCGGAGGAGAUUUCGGCCACGCUGCUAAAGGAGAUGAAGAAGAUCGCGGAGAAUUUCUCGGGCGGUGAUACGAUCAAAGAUGCGGUGAUCACUGUGCCCGCCUACUUCAACGACAGCCAACGGGAAGUGACGAAGAAGGCCGGUACUCUGGCGGGGCUGAACGUGCUCCGUCUGAUGAACGAGCCCACGGCAGCAGCAGUGGCAUACGGAUAUCAGCGCUUGAUAGGCAAAGCAUUCGCGGGGAAGAAGAUAAUGGUUUUCGAUCUGGGUGGGGGGACGUUCGACGUGUCAAUCAUAGCCGUGAGGGAGGGAGGUAGGGAAGAGUGCGACUUCGAGGUCCUAGCAGUGGAGGGAGAAUCGCAUCUCGGAGGCGCCGACUUCGACCACAGGCUGAUGAGGCAUGUGGCAGCGGAGUUCGAGCGCCAGACCAAGCAGAGCAUCCUCACCGAUCGCCAGGCUCGUGCUAUGCUGAGACAGGCCGUCAUAUCUGUAAAGCACGCCCUUUCCUUCGAGGAGGAUGCGGACAUCGAGUUGGAGACCCGCGGAGUGGAGUUCAGCAUGUCCAUCGACCGCUCCGCUUUCGAGUCCUUGAACGGAGAUCUCUUCCGCAAGUGUAUCGGCGUCGUCGAGAAGGUUCUUCGUGGUGCGGGGAUCGGGAAGCACGAGAUCUCGGAGGUGGUUCUGGCGGGAGGAUCAACAAGGAUCCCGAAGGUAAGAGAGCUCCUCACAAAGUUCUUCGACGGGAGGAGGCCGUUGCAGACAGUCCAGCCGGACGAGGUGGUGGCGUACGGGGCGGCGGUGCAGGCAGGACUCCUGGGGUCUGGUCUUAGGAACGAUGACAGGCCCACCAUAGCCAUCUCGGAGAUUACCUCGUUAAGCAUUGGUGUAGAGGUCUCCUUGGAGGAAAUGCAUGUCAUUAUACCGAAAGGUUCUCCUCUUCCGGCGAAAGGAGCUGAAGGGUACGUCACCGUCGAGGACUUCCAAAGCAAGCUGACGUUCAAGAUCUAUGAGGGGGAACGUGCUCUUUGCCGGCAUAACCGGUACUUGGGCGAAUUCACUCAGGAAGGCUUCCUGCCUUCGCUGGCAAACGGGAGAACGGUGUCGCAGGUGGCUAUGGAAGUGAACUACGAUGGCAUUCUUUGUGCGACAGCGGAAGCGAAAGCGAAUCACGUGGAGGUUGGAAGCAAGGUCGAAUGCCGCACAGUCCUCGGCAAGGACAACGCCCUGGCUGCGGCGGUUCCCAGCCACGCCGAUCCCGACUGGGAAGCGAAGGAUAAGGCUUUAAGGGCGACUUUGUUGUCGCGAAGAAAUGUCCAAUCUCUAGCGUGGGAGAUCCGAGAGAAUCAAUUUCGGAAGAUGUCUGGAGCGCAAAAAGCUGAGGUAAAUGAGGUGUUGAAGUGGCUGACGAGCGAACGUCAACCUGCACCCAAGAGUGUUUAUGACAAGAAGUUCUCUGAUCUCACCCGCCUGAAAACGCGAGUCCGCAAAUGACAUCGCUGCAUUCGAAUAGUACGUGCGGUAGGUAGGUAGGACGACCUUCUUCAAGCGUAGAUUCACGACGAU